AUGUCUACUGACGCUGUUAAUCCUAAUGCUAAAGCUGUUCCAUUUAAAUUGGUUCUUCUUGGAGAAAGCUCUGUAGGAAAAUCAAGUCUUGUUCUCAGAUUUGUGAGAGGUCAAUUCUUUGAGUACCAAGAAAGUACGAUUGGAGCUGCCUUCUUGACUCAAACCGUACCAUUGGGAGACACGAUUGUAAAGUUUGAAAUUUGGGAUACUGCUGGACAAGAACGUUAUAAAUCAUUGGCACCAAUGUACUAUAGAGGUGCUGCAGCAGCAAUUGUAGUGUAUGACAUCACCAGCGUUGAUUCUUUCCAACGUGCCAAGAAUUGGGUGAAAGAACUUCAAAGACAAGGAACAACCAAUAUUGUUAUUGCUCUUGCAGGUAACAAGGUUGACCUUGAAGAUAAACGUCAAGUAGAAACAGCAGAAGCCAAGUCGUAUGCAGAAGAUAACGGAUUAUUAUUCAUGGAAACAUCAGCAAAAGCAGCCACAAAUGUGAAUGAACUUUUCGUAGCCAUUGCACGCAAACUGCCAUCAAAGGAUAGCGAGACUACCCCUCCUUCUGAUGUCACACCCCAUAUAAUUCCAAAACCAGGCACAGAUACGCCUCCAACAAAUUCUGGCCGAAGGGGAACAUGUUGCAACUAG